ACGUUUUCUAAAACCGUUUUUCGAGGUAUCGUAUCGUGGUUCGUAGGAGGUUUGCAACGUUGUUGUUGCUUUCGCGGCGUUUACGUCGGUUCCUUCGAACGCUUAGCUUUAAUUUCAAAAUUUAUUUUACUGUCAUCAUGUCAACGAGCUCCAACGUGGAGAAUGUGGCGCCCCAAGUGCUGCGCCAGGUGUCGCGCGAGCUCUGCCAGCUGGUCAAGGAGCCCCCCGAAGGAAUCCGGGUCUUCGUAAACGAGCAGGACGUGAGCGACAUUGAGGCGUCCAUCGAAGGGCCACAGGGCACGCCCUAUGCCGGGGGCGUCUUCCGCCUGCGCCUGGUGUUGCCGAAGGACUUCCCGGCGUCUCCGCCUCGAGGCUUUUUCGUCACCAAGAUCUUCCACCCGAACGUGGCUGUGCCCUCCGGCGAGAUUUGUGUCAACACACUCAAGAAGGACUGGCGCCCCGACCUGGGCCUCCAACGCAUCCUGCUCACCAUCAAGUGCCUGCUGAUCGCUCCCAAUCCCGAGUCUGCACUCAACGAGGAGGCCGGGCGGAUGCUGCUCGAGAGGUAUGACGACUACUGCUGCAGAGCGCGGAUGAUGACAGAGAUCCACGCGCGGCCGGCCAAGCAUAAGGGCAACUCACCUCAGGGCAAGAGCAGCAGCAGCAGCAGUAGCAGCGUCAAGUCGGCCAAAGACAAGCGCCGCACCCUCAAGAGGUUAUGAUGGCAGGCGACGCGCACAUAGGGAGCCGUCCGAUCAUUCUGAGCAACAAGCGUCACCCUUCGUCGCACUUUCCCCGCCGACUUUGUACAUAGAGCACAUCCCUACGAUCGUUUGCAAUGUUUUACAAGAUUUUUUUUUCGUAUUUGGCUUUUUUAAUUUUGUGAGAACUUCGGCAUUUCCAAAGGGGCAAGAAUAGAAAGGGACCAGGAGUUGUGGUUUGAAAUAAAUUGCCGGUUCGACUGUCUGUAGGGACUUUUGUCCCUAGGCUUGUUUGGGAGGUAUGACACUCGGGAUUAUGCCCCGUUUCAACGUUAGAUGGACUGCGGUGGAGGCUACGUGUUGUCCCAGCCAAUCCAGCACCUUCAACGUAACGUUGCUCCGCCCCUGCCGAAGGACACACAAUGGUCGGACGGCAUUGGAUUGGCUUUGGUAGCUUGUAUCGUUCCCUGCUGUCCAGUGUAAGGUGAAGCGGAGUGGGACUACCCGAGGGGCAGUGUCUCCCUGGGGGUAUUGCUAAACUAAGUAUAUGUGGCGGCGCCAUAGUCACAGUUGCAGUGAAGGCGUAUGGAAGUUCUUUUGUCGUUUUCGUAGGAAGGUCAACUGCAUUGGAGUAUGUUCCUGUCUGUCUAGCUCAAAUUAAUGGCACAUUUUGGAGCUGGGUGGUUUUAUGUCUCUAGCAAUGGAUUUUUUUGUAGUGAAGAGUUUCGUAAGGUGCUUUUCGGAGACUGCUAGGUGUUUGGAUUAAGUUAUUCCAGAUAUGGAGGCUCAAAAAAAGUUAUUACUUUCCUUUUUCUUUUUUCACCUGUCGAAUUUAAGAUGAAGGAGAGUGAGAAAUUAUUUUCUGAACUGAGUGUCAACGAGGUUUCAGUUUGUAUUUAAAUGAGUUGAAAUGGUGAGAUGCUUUUUAUACAUAUUGACCAGUCUUGCUCAAGAACUGUCACAGAGUACCUAGUCUUGUGUUUCUUGCACUCAAGAACAAAAUUUUCUUCAGCGAUUUUUGACAUUAAUCACAGCUUCUGAAUACAAUUGGAGACUGCGACAGAAUAAGUGGCACAAACGCACUGUGCAAAGCAAACUUGGGAUAGAUUGAGGAAAGCAAAGUGAUUUUAACUUCUGCCUUAAUUGCAUGCAUGCUGCGAGCUUUUUUUUUUUCUCAUUCACAUGAACUUGGAGGGAAUAAAAUGUAAUUAUUUCUC